AUGGCGUACGCAUUUUUCGGACUGCCCAUGAUGCUGAUGGUGCUGAAGUCGGUUGGAGACCUGCUGUACAAAUUUCUCUUCAAGUGCAUGGUGACGAAGCGACGGAUGAUGCGUUUUGCCCGCAAGCGCAUGCCGGUCAUGUUUUCGUCGACCAGGCUCACCGCCAGUUCCACAUUGAGUACGUUGUCGAAGAGUAUGGACGGCAAAUCGUCGGUGGUAGCCAGCGAAUACGACCCGGAAGCGGCCGGCAACGAACCGGUGGAACCGAGAGACUCAAACCCAAUUCGCAUACCGGUCACCUUGAUCCUGUCCUUCACGUUUGGAUGGAUAUUUCUGUGUGCGGGAAUUUUUAUGUUAUGGGAAGAUUGGAGCUACUUCGAGUCCGUUUACUUCUUUUUCAUUUCUCUGACCACCAUCGGCCUCGGAGACGUAGUGACCAGCCGUCGCAGUUACAUGAUCAUGAACUUCGGUCUGGUGUCCAUCGGCUUGUCACUGGUCAGCGUCUGCGUCGCCGUUGUUCAGAAUGAGAUAGAACGACUUUACUACAACCUGCUACAGAAACUUUUACAGGAGUACAACGUCAAACUGGCAACAGGACUGGGAAAGUCGCAAGCAGGCAGUGACAUGAAAAGCAUGUGGCAGUCCAACAAGGCAGCAAAGUUUCUGCUGCCUCUUUUAGGAAAAGAGAAGAAAGUGUCGAUCUUGCAGCAUUUCACCAACACAGCUGAAGCGCACGGUGUCAAGGUGCCCGAUAUUUUGAAGGAAAUUGACUUGAAACACGGCCUCCCGGCAGUCUUGACCGUCAAGCCGCAGGACGAACGUCUCCAGUCGCAACCAGCUGAAAAGGAGAUGGACAAACUCUGCGACUACGGUCUUUUGCGGAAUACCCUGAAUUUGCAGGAAAUUUCGUACCACGAGCAGGGCAUUCAGACGACCGACGACAGGCCUUGGUCGAAAAGCGUAGCCAGUACGUCGGUGCAGUCCGAAAGCGGGAAGUUCGAGGACAAAUCCGUAGGGGUAGAGGAAGACGCAGCGCUGGUGGCCAGCGAAGAGUGCGCCGUUCAGACCGAUGAAGGCCGUGCUUCGGUGGCUGCAGGAAGCCAAACAGAUGACAGGGUGGUAGAAGACGCGUCAAUCAACACCGACAUGGUUGUCCAUGAGUCUGGUUCCACGGAAACGGAAACGAACCCAUCGGCAAAUAACUACACGCAGACCAUAAACACGGAAUCAAACGAACAAGAGGUCAUGACAGACUUAUCGGUGCCGUUGGCGAAUGCGGUCCUGAAGGUGCAAGAAGAAAUGCACAGUGUGGCGACAGAAACCGAAACGAUCCUGCUGCCGACAACGGAACCCGAACCUGACAGGUGAGU